AUAGUCCCAACGCCGAAUAAAAACUAUUGUUUGUCAGUUGCUUCACGGAUAUAAAUAUGUCUGUGCUUUUAAAAUUGGCCCAAAAAUUUAACUGCUUUUAUUUAUCAGGGUUUCAUUCUUCAGAAUGCAAACCCUUCAUUGUGGAAGGGUUUCAGGUUGGACUUAUUAGGCCUGAUGUGAUGAGACAGCUAAUUAACUUUCCUGAGGUAUUCCACAUCACUCGGGGAUGUGUCGAGCUGAAUCCAGCUUUUCGCGACUAUGAAGGCAGAAGCACCAAAAUUGACCAGGUAUUGCGCAAGCUGAGGGACAAGAACAUUUUCGUAACUCUAAAGGGCUGGCGAGAUGAGUGUUACGAAGUGAAAACUGAAUUUUGCACCAGAAGUCUCCUAAAAAUGGACAGAUGUGCAACCUGCUUGUUUGGCAUCAGAAACUACGGAGUGACCAUCAAUGGUUAUAUAAGACAUCCACAAAAAGGCCAGUGUCUAUGGUUCCAGAAGAGAUCUGCUACUAAACAAACAUGGCCAGGUAAAUGGGAUUCCAUGGUAAGUGGAGGACUGUCGGUUGGUCAUGGUAUAUUUGAAACAGCUCAUAAAGAAGCCAUGGAGGAAGCCUCAGUACCCACAAGCUUGCUGAAUAAAUUGACCAGCGCUGGAUGCGUUUCGUUUUACUUUGAGUCUGAACGUGGUCUAUUCCCGAACACCGAAUUUGUAUUCGACCUGGAAUUGCCAUUAGACUUCAUUCCGGAAAAUGCCGAUGGAGAAGUAGAAUGUUUUGAGAUUCUACCAAUUAAACAAUGUCUGCCAAAGAUUCUUGCUCCAGACUUUAAGACUACAAGCGCCCCAGUUGUUUUGGAUUUCUUGGUCAGGCAUGGGGUUAUAACACCAGAAAAUGAACCUGACUAUUUGAAAAUCAUUGAACUUCUCCAUAUACCUUUACAGAAUAUUUACGGCAACCACUACCACAUAAAGGAGAAUGGUGUUGCAAUAGGAGAUAAUGUCUAAGGAUUGCAUUAUGUGCAGCCUUUUAUACAUAUAUAAUCAUAAUAACGCUUGCUUAAACUUUCGAUUAUGAUUUCAUUAUAGUCAUUAAUGAUAUUAGUUCGAUAUGAACACCAUAAUGAAAUGCGUGUAAACAAGUUUGAUUGAUAAUAAAGUCCAGGUCGAACGUCUAUCAUUCAAAAUUUAAUCUACGAUGGUCCAAAUAGAUUCGAUUCGCCUUGAAAUGUCAGAAACUUUUUGUUAUAACAAAAUUCAAAAUUAGCAGGUGCCCAUAUUAGUUGAUGUUGAUUGUUGUUUCCAACGGUGUUCCUUUGGAUAUCGAGACAGAAUCAAUGAAAAGGAUUCCCUAGUAACUUACUGUCUUUUUGUAUAUUUUCUAUUUUAGAAUUUGGCUGUUAUGAAUUCAUGAUGGCACUGAGUGCUAUUCUGAAGGCCCUAAUGGCAUCCAAAUGAGGAUGCUAAAUGUGCCAUGAUGACACUGACGUAGAUUAAAGCUUCAAAAUAUGAACCAAAGAAAAUAUUUUAGUUAAAAUUUGCUUAAACCUAAGGGAGCAUUUCACCAUAGAUAAUUAAAACCUUUUAGAUUGUCCUGUAGUGUUGAAAUAUCAGAGUAGUGGCAUUAAAUUUAUGAAAAAACAAGUGAUGCAGGAUUUUUUAAUUCUGUAAUAAGUACUUGGUAUUCCUUCUGUGAUUUUAAUUUUAUCUCAUUAUUUAUUUAAAAUGGGUUCCCUUAUGAGUUUAUAUCGAAAAUUUCAGCAAGCACGCAUUUAUAUACAUAAUUUCAUUAUUUAUUUAUUUUUUUUGUGAUUAAUUUUAGUGAUUGUAAACUUAACUCAAAUAUUAAUUGAGUAUGCCAAGUUUCAUAAUAUUAAGAUCUUAUUUUAAUAAUUUUUAGUUUAUCAUCAAAAUGUCGAGUUGUGACACUUCAUGAAAGUUUAUCAGAGUUUGUGGUGAGAAAUACAUACAGGGAAGGUAAGCAUCAAAUCAAGAGAUAUGACUAAGUACCCAUCAGGUAUUGGAAUGCACAAAGAACAAGUAUAAUCAAUAACUGGGGUAUAUGUAUCCUUAAGUUCUGUUUUUGUUGAAAAAUUCACACAAUUAUUUCUGAGAUCACUAUUAGUCUAAGAGCCAGCGCUGAAAAAAUCUGUGAAUUUACUAAAGCUAGUUUUUAGAUAAUUGGUUACAGUAGUUACGUACAUAAAUAUACCGCGGUCAGUCAAGUGAAACUUAGAACAAGGACCUUGGGUGUCUUGUUAAAGUUGUCGAGAUAAGUUAGGCAAUGCAACGAAUACACUAAAUCUGAAAAUCAUUAUACAUAUUAUAUAUAACAUAUAAAUAACAAUAAUGUUAGUAAGUCAGUUGAAAAGCGGAACCGUGCCGGUCAGUCAGCCUCAAUAAAUGUAAAAAUCAUCCCUCAAAUCAAAUCUACAAGAAAUGGUAAAUAAAUUUAUACUUCAACCUACAAUUUUGAAUUAACACUGUCACUCUAAAAAAAAUAGACCUAUUAUUUUUUUACAUAUAUUGGGGCUGACCUACCUCAAUUGGGCUGACUGACCAGCACGGUUCCGUGUUAUUUAUGUAUAAUAUAUAAUACGUACAUAUGUAUAUAAAUACAGGGUAUUUGAUUAUAUUCAAGCCCAUACCUACAGCCUAUAUUUUCUUUUAACGUUAUCAGAAAAAACAAAAUCGCAUCGGAAAAUGGAGAAACGUGGGAAACUUCGACCUUUUUUAAUGGAACACCCUGCAUAUUAGGCGAUGCGAUAAAAUGAAAGAUCUUUUCUUCCUGAUUCCAAAUAUAUAUAUAUAUAUAUAUAUAUUGAUCACAUUUGCGUGAGCCAUUUUUGAGAUAUCUUAGCUUAAAUUAUAAAUAAAUUGCAAAGAAAUUUUAUAUUGUAUCUCUUGACAUCCUUAUGAAAUUUCUUUGCAAAUUAUUUAUAAUUUAAGCUAAAAUAUGUCAAAAAUGGCUUACGCAAAUGUGAUCAAUAUAUAUUUGGAAUCAGGAAGAAAAGAUCUUUCAUUUUAUCGCAUUAUAUACAGGGUAUUCCAUUAAAAAAAGUUGAAGUUGUCUACGUUUUUCCAUUUUCCGUGUGCGUUUUUGUUUCUUCUGAUAACAUUAAAAAAAAAACAUAGAAAAAAAACUGAUAAGUUUUGUAUUGCAUUACCUAAGUUAUCUCGACAACUUGACAAGACACCCUAGGUCCUUGUUCUAAGUUUCGCUUGACAGACCGCACUUUAUUUAUGUACAUAACUGUUGUAAUCCAAAAACUGGCUUCAGUAAAUUCAGAGAUUUUUUUCGGCGCUGGCUCUCCGUCUAUAUGCUGAGGUUUAAAUUUUCAACUCCCUCUGCAAGCUAUUAUUAUUAUUUAUUUUUACACAAUCAUACUUUAAUUUCAGCUUGCUGCAAAAAUCGACUUUAAUGUCUUAAACCCUUACAUUGGGUAGAGAGCAUUGCCUUUAGGAUACAAUGUUUAUUAGUUCCUAAUUUUUUUGUGGUUCCAUUCUAGUUUUAAGGUUAGAAAAUCGUAAUGCCUCAGAGGAAAUAUAAUUCACUGGAUACCAAUUGACCAGUUGAGAAAAACUAUCUUUGAAAUUAAAUUAUUGUUCUCAAUCCAUCUGAUUUGUUUUAAAUUAUUUUAACGCUUUUUGUUUUGUUAAGUUUGUAUUUUUAUUGACUGAAGUAGAAAAAUAAAUAUUAUAUUCUAGAAAGGUCUAGCUUUUUUACAUAACUCAUGAUUAUUACAAUUUACGAAGGGUUAAUAAAUACAAGGCUAGAUUCAGUGAGAGUCGUUUCAAAAAGUAACAAGAAUAAGUCGCCAUACAUUUCAUUUAGCUGGAACAUAGACUCAAAUACUUCGUAGUAUUUAAGUUUAUGGAUGAAAUACAAUACUUUGAAUUUAGAGGUAAGAGCUGGUCUUGUAUUGACUCAAAAUAAUUCUAUCCCAAAAAGUGUUAAUGUUUUCUAUUCGUACAGUAGCUUAGAAAAGAGGAUAUUUAUAUACAAGAAAGUUCGGAUUUUUCUAGUAAUGUAGUGUUUUGUACUUGAUUGUGAUAUUAUUUAUUGAAAACCAAAAUGUUUGUGUUAUGUGUUAUUAUAGUAAUCGACGCAAUACAUGGAUAAUUAAUUCAAUUA